AUAAUCGUGUGUGGAAGAAUAUUUUAAAGAUUUAUACGUGUUUUCAUAUAAUUCCACUUUCGUUAAUAUGUACGUAUAAACAUAAAGCUUUAUUGAGUGUUUGAAUUUUAAAUAAUUAUUAGUCAGCUGUUGCGAAAUACCAACCAACAGAGCACCAAAUAACCUGAGUGAAGUGAAGUCCCCUACUUUUGACGAACUGUAUUAUCGACAUAGUAUUGUGUGAGGUUAUACUGGUACACAAAUCAUAUCGCGGUUCAUAAGCACAAUUGUUAUUGAAGUAAAUAAAUUUGUAUUUAUCCAAGACCUGCUAUAACAAUGGAUGGUCCGAGCUUAUUUUAUAGAGAAGUUUUACCAGACACUUCAUGUCAAGAAGACUGGACCGAGAUUCAAUUGAAUACAGGCGCGACGCAGAGCACUCUACAAGAUAUUAAAGUUGUGGAAAAGGCCGGCGGAUAUUGUUACCAAAAUGUGCAACUCAAUCACAAUCGAAAUCGUUUUAUUUAUUGGCAUACAUACCAAGAUGUCUUGGAGCUAUCGGAAAUUUGUUUAGACUUCACUUUGUAUAAAAACAAUGUUCGGUAUAAAUUUUCCGACACUCCCGUCUUAAAUGUUGCAAUAAGCGAACAAGAUCGGUUUGUCACUAUUCUAGUGACAACUGUGUGCAGUUUACACCAUAUAAAAUUCCCACAUCCAGAUACCUUGGCAGAUGGUGGUGCCAGCAAUACUACUUCAAAAGCCGGUUCAAGCCAUUUUCAAUCAGCUGCCGGUGGUGUGUCGAUAGAUUUUAAAGAUUCGCAAACGUUUUCAAUCUUUCACGAAGCUAAUAACUCAUCAGUGCGCGAUCCGAGCAGUUUCUAUGUUAUUGAUGCCCAAAAUGCCGGUUCAAAUGCAGUGCCCCAUGCUGCAACCAGUUUUUUGUCGCCCAGUGGUGAAGAAGCAUACUUUGCUUUGGCGUGUCAAUCGGAACUUGUGUUGUACGUUAUGAAUUGUGAAAACGGUGCAACGACUUCGCAGGCAUUGAAGGAAAAUAACAUUAUGCCGCGUCUGUUUUCAAAUUUGAAAAACGCAUUCACUGGUAAAAGUGACGCUUCAGACGCUAACCAUGCCAAUUCAGUCGUGUUCAAUUACAUCAACGGACAAAUAUACUUAUUGGCUUUAUAUCGAGACGAUCAGUUACGCGUGUGGUCCACGAAUAAUUUUCAGUGUAUAUGCACAUUUGAUUGUGUGCGCGAUAACAACAAAGCACGCACACAAGGGCCGCAAAGCAACGUUCUACGUAAAAUAAGUGACACAUCAGUGUGCGCCUUUUUAUCGCAUGCGAAUCGCUCGGAAUUUGUAUGCAUAGAUAUACACGAAGAUGCCGGAUCGUCGGCGGGAUUGAGCCUAAGUUAUCGCAAAAAUAUACCCGCACCUCAACUUGAUUUAGCCGAUUUUGCAGUGGCUGAGAGUAGAAUUUGGGCAUUGUGGACGAAUGCAGAAGGUGAAUUUAGUAUCUCAAAUUAUCCGUUAAUGCGCGGUCUGGGCAUGUGUUGGUCUUCAGUAGCAAUGGAGCCGCCACCAGAUCGUUAUUGUAUUGGAAAUGACCACAGCAUGGAUCCACGUGAAGCGUAUUGCAAUUACAUUUUCCAACGUGGCACAUUCGAAAGAGAAGUCAUAGCGAAAGCAUUAUUUAUGUUUCGGCGUACAAAUCUGCGUUUCGAAUCGAAACAUUGCACACUGCCAAUACUGAAAGACCAAGUUUGCCAAGCUGUCGAGGAUGAAAUUCAAAACGAAGUUAAAGAGUUCGACGUUACUGAUGAGGAUUACUUGGAAAUCGCCACGCGUCAAUGGGAACGUUUCUAUUCAUGUUGCGAACAAUAUCACUUGAAAUCUUGUCAACCCUGUGGACUCUUCGUACUUGAGUCAAUCGAUGGCGUAUGUUUGGUGAAAAAGAACAAUUUCUCAUUAUUGCGCCCUUGCGAUACGUUAGAGCAUCUUAUGCUCGCCGAUGAAGAUCUCGACACAAGCACAAUUGUUGCCACAAACUUUGCAGAUAAUGAGAGUGUGGGUGAAGACCUCGUUACUUUGGUAUCCAUUGUAGCACAAUUAGAGCGCUGGCUCUCAGAUGAAAUCAAAUCGGACGUGGAUAAACGCCUGUACCGUUUAGAAAUGCCAAACGUGUUCAUUGCCAAAUUGAGUGAUGAAAUAUUAGCAGGCGAUCCCGAUCGUGAAAUACUGCCAAGCACUUUCUUAGUUUGGAUUAGACAAAAAUUGCAGUCCAUUAAUGAUAUGCGUAUGGCGAUGACGCUGCUGCUCGAUAGUCUACGCAUGGAUAAUGGCAAUCCAGCUGGAAUGCAAACCAAUUUCGGUUUAUCGCAAUCGUCGCAAUUCGUCAAUUCGGUUGGUGUGCUCUUUGGUAGCCAUUUGGGUUUGUCGGUGCUAUCGGAAACAGUACGCCAAAUAACUGCCGUAAAAUUUUCUAUUUGUCGUAACCUCCUCAUACUGCAACAAAUACUAAUCGAUACGUAUUCACUCAACGUUGAUUUGUUGGAGACCGUGCGAUCGCAUUUUAUACCCGACAUAACCAUUUUCCUACAAUCCUACUUCGUAAUGGGCUGGAUAUCGCAGACUCCUGUGAAUAUUAACGCGGCUGCUUCGUUAGAGAGCUCCAUUCAGCGCUUGAAUCUGUUGCAACUUACAAAUGGCUCUGGACGUAUAUAUACAAAUGGUGGCAAAUACCAUGUAUCUCCUUUGCUGCGUGUCUUCCUCAAUGCGAAGGGCUUGUAUACAGCUGGCGCACUGUACGCCGAGAAUUUCAAAGAUAGCGAAAAUCCGCCUACAUGGUCCAAUACAUUGCUGCCGCUAACUACAAUUGUGAGCCAGUUAAUUUGGCCCGUCUCAUUCAAUUUUGUAUUUGGUGAAUGGUUGUUUGGCACUUGUCAGCACAUUGCCAUACAGGAUUAUGUACGUCUGCUAAGCAAUUGGUGUGAAUGGAAUAUUUGCUCACGACAAUUUAUACUUGCUGUAUCUUUGCUGGACUGUGGGGAAACAUAUAAGGCAUAUGAUCUUUUCCUUCAGUCCGCCAAAGGUGUGCUGCGCGAGCAAUUCUUGGUGGACAAGAUUCUUAAAGGUAGCGCUCUAGCUAAACAUGCCGACAAUUUGACAGCGUUGAAUGAAGAUGGCGUUGGUGGCGGUGGCGAUAAUUUGGAGAGUAAUAUCAACAAUCAGGUCAUUACGCAAUAUUAUUUGAAAGUGAUACAGUUGCUUGAGCAGCAUAACGCCUUGGAUCACAUUAUUUCAAUGGCACAAGUAGCGAUUGGAUUGCUGGACAAAUCCGACUCACAGUUGCCGAUGUUUCAGUCGAUUGUGUUCAAUAAUCAUUUGCAAUUGGAGCAUUAUGAGGAGGCUUACCACUCGCUCAUCUACAAUGCGGAGCUGUCGCGUCGCAAGGAUUGCUUACGACAGCUGGUCGUCACUCUGUUUAAUCGCAAGAGACUCGAUCUGUUAAUGCACUUCCCUUACGUGGGUUUGCAUGAGGAGUUCGAGAAUAUUGUCGAAUCGCGCGCACGCUCACUGGUAAUUGAUCAAAAUGAGGUCUAUGACUUUUUGUAUGCGUUUCAUGUGAAUAACGGCAAUAUGCGAAAAGCAUCUGCCGUCAUGUAUGAACAGGCGAUGCGUUUUCAGCUGGAAAGCGAUACCGUGGAAUCCAUGGAGAAGCGCUGUUCGGCUCUCUUGGUUUGCAUCAAUUCGUUGCAUCUAAUCGAUCGUCGGUAUCGUUGGAUUGCAAAACCUGUAAUAGGUUUAGACGACGCACCGCCACCGAGUGCCGCUAACGAUGCCGAGCCAAUGGAUAAUAGAUCAGAUGAGGAGUGCAUACAAGAACAAGUGGUGGUAUUGGAAAUAAAAGAUAUAAAACGUGAACUACUACAGACGGAGGCGUUGGUGCGACUUGCUGAUCAUCGCAAAGAUGUGCAGACCUUCAUCAAUGCAGGACCACAGGAGCUGGCGGUUAUCCUAUCUGGCUGUGGUCUAUACACCGAUGCGCUGAAAUUGGCCAACGGCUUUGAAAUAUCACCGCUGCCCAUAUUCGACAGUUUAACUGCUGCAUGUGUUCGCAUUGACGAUGAAGGCGCCAAUGAGGCAUGGGCGUGGUUGCAAGAAAACGACUUGGCGGACUUACCUCACCGCAAUAAGCCUGCCGACAUGGCCUGGUCACUAUUGCAAAAAUUAGUUUAUGACAAUGAGUUGGAGAAUUCGACACGUAUACGUAAAUCUGUGGUGAAUAAGUUGUUAAGCUUGAACGCGUUUGUGCCACAAUGGCUCUACAAUGACUACAAGUUGGCCAAUUGCAGGGAGCUUUUGUAUUUGUUUGUGAAACAUAAUCGGUUGCUUGAAGCGGCCGAACUGGCACAGGAAAUGAUAAGCGCAAUGCUAGGAGCUGGCAGUGAAUAUUUUAGCUUUAAACAUGCUAUCGCCGUUACAAAUCCGGAAAUGUGCUUGCCUGUCAACACACUGGAUCUUUUAUUGCAUGGAUUGCGACUAAACGCCGAUGCAGACAUAGAGUACAAACAGGUACUCACUGAAUUGGAAGACAUUGUGCAGAACUAUAUUGAAACGGCACAACGCACAGCAGAAGACAAAAUUCAAAUGGUAUUUCAGGAAGAACAUUCAAAACAUAUGCGGCAGCAAGCUGCGGCUUAAUUAUACUUUUUAUAAUCACCUUUUGUAAAGAUUCCAGUUUUUAUUACUUUCUAAAACAUUACAUUAAACAAAUAAAUUUUUCACCUUUUCACACAACUAAAAA